AUGGUUCUACUCGUCGUCCACUUUCUCCAGUGUGCCGUCUUUCCACCCAUUUUACCUAAUUUACAAGAAAUUUUUCCAAGAAAAUAUGCGCGUAACUGCGAUGGUGACAUCAGGUACCCUGUCGUCCUCGAUUUCGACGACAAAAGUUUUCCUGAUAAUUAUCCGGUGAUGGAGAAGUGUGAAAUGUCGCUAGCUGAAUUAUUCAUACGAUUUCUCGACUACUAUAGUAGAUUUGAUUUCGGGCACUACUACAUUUGCAUGCGUGAUGCGGCUGUCAGGCGAAGGGAUGGUAGAGAUGGAUCACCAAGGGUCAACGAAGCUGUAAUUGUCUUCAUCCGUGAUCCUAUCGAUGACCACAAUCCAGGUAGAACAGUUCGAGAUGUGGAGUAUCUGCAGAACAGAAUGAGGAGAACUCUUCGAUUGUUCCAAACUUCGAAAAAAUUCCCAAAUUUGAGGCAGAUUCCUUGA